AAAUUAGCAAUUGUUCGAAUAUUCAGCAAAGGAAUGCGCAAUUUAAUCGCUCAAAAAAGUGGCGGCAGUGCGCCCUCUAGCGGCCGAUAAAAACAUUACGACGUAAACAAAUUUUGAGGUUAGAAGUGUGACAUGUAAAGUGCCUCGAUGUUAAAUAUCCCCGAAGACAAGUUGCCUCAAGAGUUCAAAGAUGAAGCCCGACUCGACUCCCUAUUUUCGCCCGUCCGCAGCGCCACCGUCAACCCCCGCGACUGGGACACGAAACUUACUUCUUGGAAACAUCUGAUUUCGCUAUAUUGCGUCAAUAAUGGGGUUUACAGCUUUACGUUAACUCAAUUGGGCCAGAAGUUCAUUCGAAAUGGACGGCCCCCGAGUUGUCUAGCUCUCGUGCUGGAGGAGUUGGUCAAAACUGGCGAUUUGCAGUAUUUGGAGGAUUUUCUGAAGGGGCCGCAAGGUUGGGGCAGCUGGGCUGCCGAUUUGCUAGUCAAAAAGCCGCUUUCGUGGUCGCUUAACACAGUCAAACGCACGUUAUUCACGACUCGAGUCAGUUCAAAUCGGACUUACGUCCACGUUGAGGUCAUUCGGCAAGAGGCGCAAAAAAUAGCUGCAAACCCUAAUAAAGUCCUAAAUUUCGGCGAGUUUUUGAAAUACGUCAAUAAAGAUUUGAGUCAAGCUGAGGACAUGAAACUUUUAGUUCACUAUCUUGUGCGUGAGAAAAAGGCAAACGUUUAUAAUUUGAAACCGAAUACGUUUGAAGUGGAGUCGUUUCUUAUCAAACUGGGAACAAACCCGAUUUCGGAGUUUGAUAUUGCGCUUUAUGUUUUGGAACAAAACGAGAAGUUGUUCACCAAACACGUUGCGGAUCUGGAAGAUGAAAUUUCAGAUUGUGUUAAAGAAGUGAAAGGUCAUUUAUUGAAAAAUCAUAGACAAUUGGCCAAAACUUGCCUUAAGAAAAAACACGAGAUUGAAAAACGUCUCACACAUAAGGUCAAUGCCUUGCAUAAUAUACAAGUGUUGAUUGAGAAACUCAAAGACGUCCAUACUGACUCAAACGUGUGGCAGUCCUACAAACAUGCCCUUUCUGCCUUUAAUGCAACCUUCAAAGAGACCGGUUUGAGUGAGGACGCCGUUGAAGACACCAUGCUCAAAUUAGGAGAAAUGUUGGACAUCCAAGAGGAGAUUCAAACUGCGAUUUCUGGUCCUGUCUCAAACGAAAACGAUGAUUUGGAGGAAGAAUUAGCAGAACUGAUGAAAAGUGAAGACGAAUCAAAAAGUACCACCGACUUGGAGGCGCAAUUGGCCAAUUUGGACAUCACGGACUUGCCAGAAUUACCCAACCCAGAUGUGUCAUUAAAAGAAGCCUCUAUACAUUAAUUGAUUUAUAAUUGUUUUAUUUUAAAUAAAGUUUAUAAAACCACGUUAUACAAAAUAAUCAAGGACUGUGAGUUGGCAGCUUUGAAUUUUGUUUUAAUACAACUGAAUUGUUGCCAGCUGACAGUCAUUCUUGAUCACUCGGUAGAAACAGCAAAUAAACUGCAGUUUCUUGUA